AUGUCUCACUACAUCACAACCCACGACGCCUCCAGCAAAGCCGUCUUCUCACCCCUCCCACCAGCCCGCCCCUCGCCAACCCUCCCACUGGGCUCCAUCCAAGUCCUCUCGUCAACACACAGCUUCCCAGUCAACCUCUCCACCGAAUCAGACAUCACGCAAUAUCAAACCGACCAAGCCCAGCCCUCAUUCCCCGGGACGCGCAUCAUCUGCCCGGACAACGGCACCGCCACCCUGAUCACCACCCUGAACCCCGGCGCCGAGAGUCCGAUGCACCGGACCAUGACGCUGGACGUCGUCGUCAUCCUGGAGGGCGCCGUCGAGCUGCGCCUCGACUCGGGGGAGACACGGGUGCUCCGCGCCGGGGACUCGGUGGUGCAGCGGGCGACGAAGCACAAGUGGGUGAACGUGACGCCGGACGGCGGGGUGGCAAGGUGGGUUGUGUUUGUGCAGGCGGCGGCUGAGACUGUUGAGGUCGGGGGGAGGCGGCUUGGGAGUGAGUGGGAGUCGUGA